UGACUUCACUGACCUUCCCAAUGUUCAAGAACAGCUCUCCUCUGUAAUGAGCACAGUGCUAAUGAGGGUCACACCUUUAUCCCCAACAGUGACUGUGGUCAGACAGCCAGCAGGAAAGGAUGUGGUGUUUUUGCUGGAUGCAUCUGAUGCUACUAGAACUGGAUUCCCAGCUAUGAGAGACUUUGUCCAAAAACAAGUAGAGACACUCAGUGUGGAUGAUGGCAAAGACCGUGUGUCGGUUGUUCAGUACAGCAGAGAUCCAGCCGUCCAGUUCUAUCUGAACACUUACACCACAAAAAGAGAGGUCCUUGACAGUGUCAGAGGUUUGAGGCACAAAGGCGGACGACCCCUCAACACUGGAGCAGCUCUCCGGUACUUGAGGGAUAACGUCUUCACGGCGUCUGCCGGAAGCAGGCGGCCUGAAGGAGUUCCGCAGGUCCUAAUAUUGAUCACUGGUGGAAGAUCAUUUGACAGUAUUGAUGAACCAGCCUCUGCUCUCAAACAGCUGGGUGUCUUGACCAUUGCAAUUGGAACCCGAGGCUCUGACCCUAGAGAACUUCAGACCAUAACUGGCGAGCCCAGUCAUGCUGUAUCUGUGUCUGACUUCACUGACCUUCCCAAUGUUCAAGAACAGCUCUCCUCUGUAAUGAGCACAGUGCUAAUGAGGGUCACACCUUUAUCCCCAACAGUGACUGUGGUCAGACAGCCAGCAGGAAAGGAUGUGGUGUUUUUGCUGGAUGCAUCUGAUGCUACUAGAACUGGAUUCCCAGCUAUGAGAGACUUUGUCCAAAAAGUAGAGACACUCAGUGUGGAUGAUGGCAAAGACCGUGUGUCGGUUGUUCAGUACAGCAGAGAUCCAGCCGUCCAGUUCUAUCUGAACACUUACACCACAAAAAGAGAGGUCCUUGACAGUGUCAGAGGUUUGAGGCACAAAGGCGGACGACCCCUCAACACUGGAGCAGCUCUCCGGUACUUGAGAGAUAACGUCUUCACGGCGUCUGCCGGAAGCAGGCGGCCCGAAGGAGUUCCGCAGGUCCUAAUAUUGAUCACUGGUGGAAGAUCAUUUGACAGUAUUGAUGAACCGGCCUCUGCUCUCAAACAGCUGGGUGUCUUGACCAUUGCAAUUGGAACCCGAGGCUCUGACCCCAGAGAACUUGAGACAAUAACUGGCGAGCCCAGUCAUGCUGUAUCUGUGUCUGACUUCACUGACCUUCCCAAUGUUCAAGAACAGCUCUCCUCUGUAAUGAGCACAGUGCUAAUGAGGGUCACACCUUUGACCCCAACAGUGACUGUGGUCAGACAGCCAGCAGGAAAGGAUGUGGUGUUUUUGCUGGAUGGAUCUGAUGCUACUAGAAGUGGAUUCCCAGCUAUGAGAGACUUUGUCCAAAAACAAGUAGAGACACUCAGUGUGGAUGAUGGCAAAGACCGUGUGUCGGUUGUUCAGUACAGCAGAGAUCCAGCCGUCCAGUUCUAUCUGAACACUUACACCACAAAAAGAGAGGUCCUUGACAGUGUCAGAGGUUUGAGGCACAAAGGCGGACGACCCCUCAACACUGGAGCAGCUCUCCGGUACUUGAGGGAUAACGUCUUCACGGCCUCUGCCGGAAGCAGGCGGCCCGAAGGAGUUCCGCAGGUCCUAAUAUUGAUCACUGGUGGAAGAUCAUUUGACAGUAUUGAUGAACCAGCCUCUGCUCUCAAACAGCUGGGUGUCUUGACCAUUGCAAUUGGAACCCGAGGCUCUGACCCUAGAGAACUUCAGACCAUAACUGGCGAGCCCAGUCAUGCUGUAUCUGUGUCUGACUUCACUGACCUUCCCAAUGUUCAAGAACAGCUCUCCUCUGUAAUGAGCACAGUGCUAAUGAGGGUCACACCUUUAUCCCCAACAGUGACUGUGGUCAGACAGCCAGCAGGAAAGGAUGUGGUGUUUUUGCUGGAUGGAUCUGAUGCUACUAGAAGUGGAUUCCCAGCUAUGAGAGACUUUGUCCAAAAACAAGUAGAGACACUCAGUGUGGAUGAUGGCAAAGACCGUGUGUCGGUUGUUCAGUACAGCAGAGAUCCAGCCGUCCAGUUCUAUCUGAACACUUACACCACAAAAAGAGAGGUCCUUGACAGUGUCAGAGGUUUGAGGCACAAAGGCGGACGACCCCUCAACACUGGAGCAGCUCUCCGGUACUUGAGAGAUAACGUCUUCACGGCGUCUGCCGGAAGCAGGCGGCCUGAAGGAGUUCCGCAGGUCCUAAUAUUGAUCACUGGUGGAAGAUCAUUUGACAGUAUUGAUGAACCGGCCUCUGCUCUCAAACAGCUGGGUGUCUUGACCAUUGCAAUUGGAACCCGAGGCUCUGACCCCAGAGAACUUGAGACAAUAACUGGCGAGCCCAGUCAUGCUGUAUCUGUGUCUGACUUCACUGACCUUCCCAAUGUUCAAGAACAGCUCUCCUCUGUAAUGAGCACAGUGCUAAUGAGGGUCACACCUUUGACCCCAACAGUGACUGUGGUCAGACAGCCAGCAGGAAAGGAUGUGGUGUUUUUGCUGGAUGGAUCUGAUGGUACUAGAACUGGAUUCCCAGCUAUGAGAGACUUUGUCCAAAAACAAGUAGAGACACUCAGUGUGGAUGAUGGCAAAGACCGUGUGUCGGUUGUUCAGUACAGCAGUGAUCCAGCCGUCCAGUUCUAUCUGAACACUUACACCACAAAAAGAGAGGUCCUUGACAGUGUCAGAGGUUUGAGGCACAAAGGCGGACGACCCCUCAACACUGGAGCAGCUCUCCGGUACUUGAGAGAUAACGUCUUCACGGCGUCUGCCGGAAGCAGGCGGCCCGAAGGAGUUCCGCAGGUCCUAAUAUUGAUCACUGGUGGAAGAUCAUUUGACAGUAUUGAUGAACCGGCCUCUGCUCUCAAACAGCUGGGUGUCUUGACCAUUGCAAUUGGAACCCGAGGCUCUGACCCCAGAGAACUUGAGACAAUAACUGGCGAGCCCAGUCAUGCUGUAUCUGUGUCUGACUUCACUGACCUUCCCAAUGUUCAAGAACAGCUCUCCUCUGUAAUGAGCACAGUGCUAAUGAGGGUCACACCUUUGACCCCAACAGUGACUGUGGUCAGACAGCCAGCAGGAAAGGAUGUGGUGUUUUUGCUGGAUGGAUCUGAUGCUACUAGAACUGGAUUCCCAGCUAUGAGAGACUUUGUCCAAAAACAAGUAGAGACACUCAGUGUGGAUGAUGGCAAAGACCGUGUGUCGGUUGUUCAGUACAGCAGCGAUGCAGCCGUCCAGUUCUAUCUGAACACUUACACCACAAAAAGAGAGGUCCUUGACAGUGUCAGAGGUUUGAGGCACAAAGGCGGACGACCCCUCAACACUGGAGCAGCUCUCCGGUACUUGAGGGAUAACGUCUUCACGGCCUCUGCCGGAAGCAGGCGGCCCGAAGGAGUUCCGCAGGUCCUAAUAUUGAUCACUGGUGGAAGAUCAUUUGACAGUAUUGAUGAACCAGCCUCUGCUCUCAAACAGCUGGGUGUCUUGACCAUUGCAAUUGGAACCCGAGGCUCUGACCCCAGAGAACUUCAGACCAUAACUGGCGAGCCCAGUCAUGCUGUAUCUGUGUCUGACUUCACUGACCUUCCCAAUGUUCAAGAACAGCUCUCCUCUGUAAUGAGCACAGUGCUAAUGAGGGUCACACCUUCAUCCCCAACAGUGACUGUGGUCAGACAGCCAGCAGGAAAGGAUGUGGUGUUUUUGCUGGAUGGAUCUGAUGCUACUAGAAGUGGAUUCCCAGCUAUGAGAGACUUUGUCCAAAAACAAGUAGAGACACUCAGUGUGGAUGAUGGCAAAGACCGUGUGUCGGUUGUUCAGUACAGCAGAGAUCCAGCCGUCCAGUUCUAUCUGAACACUUAUACCACAAAAAGAGAGGUCCUUGACAGUGUCAGAGGUUUGAGGCACAAAGGCGGACGACCCUCAACACUGGAGCAGCUCUCCGUGGUCAGACAGCCAGCAGGAAAGGAUGUGGUGUUUUUGCUGGAUGGAUCUGAUGGUACUAGAACUGGAUUCCCAGCUAUGAGAGACUUUGUCCAAAAACAAGUAGAGACACUCAGUGUGGAUGAUGGCAAAGACCGUGUGUCGGUUGUUCAAGAGGUCCUUGACAGUGUCAGAGGUUUGAGGCACAAAGGCGGACGACCCCUCAACACUGGAGCAGCUCUCCGGUACUUGAGGGAUAACGUCUUCACGGCCUCUGCCGGAAGCAGGCGGCCCGAAGGAGUUCCACAGGUCCUAAUAUUGAUCACUGGUGGAAGAUCAUUUGACAGUAUUGAUGAACCAGCCUCUGCUCUCAAACAGCUGGGUGUCUUGACCAUUGCAAUUGGAACCCGAGGCUCUGACCGUAGAGAACUUCAGACCAUAACUGGCGAGCCCAGUCAUGCUGUAUCUGUGUCUGACUUCACUGACCUUCCCAAUGUUCAAGAACAGCUCUCCUCUGUAAUGAGCACAGUGCUAAUGAGGGUCACACCUUUAUCCCCAACAGUGACUGUGGUCAGACAGCCAGCAGGAAAGGAUGUGGUGUUUUUGCUGGAUGCAUCUGAUGCUACUAGAACUGGAUUCCCAGCUAUGAGAGACUUUGUCCAAAAACAAGUAGAGACACUCAGUGUGGAUGAUGGCAAAGACCGUGUGUCGGUUGUUCAGUACAGCAGAGAUCCAGCCGUCCAGUUCUAUCUGAACACUUACACCACAAAAAGAGAGGUCCUUGACAGUGUCAGAGGUUUGAGGCACAAAGGCGGACGACCCCUCAACACUGGAGCAGCUCUCCGGUACUUGAGAGAUAACGUCUUCACGGCGUCUGCCGGAAGCAGGCGGCCCGAAGGAGUUCCGCAGGUCCUAAUAUUGAUCACUGGUGGAAGAUCAUUUGACAGUAUUGAUGAACCGGCCUCUGCUCUCAAACAGCUGGGUGUCUUGACCAUUGCAAUUGGAACCCGAGGCUCUGACCCCAGAGAACUUGAGACAAUAACUGGCGAGCCCAGUCAUGCUGUAUCUGUGUCUGACUUCACUGACCUUCCCAAUGUUCAAGAACAGCUCUCCUCUGUAAUGAGCACAGUGCUAAUGAGGGUCACACCUUUGACCCCAACAGUGACUGUGGUCAGACAGCCAGCAGGAAAGGAUGUGGUGUUUUUGCUGGAUGGAUCUGAUGCUACUAGAACUGGAUUCCCAGCUAUGAGAGACUUUGUCCAAAAACAAGUAGAGACACUCAGUGUGGAUGAUGGCAAAGACCGUGUGUCGGUUGUUCAGUACAGCAGAGAUCCAGCCAUCCAGUUCUAUAUGAACACUUACACUACAAAAAGAGAGGUCCUUGACAGUGUCAGAGGUUUGAGGCACAAAGGCGGACGACCCCUCAACACUGGAGCAGCUCUCCGGUACUUGAGAGAUAACGUCUUCACGGUGUCUGCCGGAAGCAGGCGGCCCGAAGGAGUUCCGCAGGUCCUAAUAUUGAUCACUGGUGGAAGAUCAUUUGACAGUAUUGAUGAACCAGCCUCUGCUCUCAAACAGCUGGGUGUCUUGACCAUUGCAAUUGGAACCCGAGGCUCUGACCGUAGAGAACUUCAGACCAUAACUGGCGAGCCCAGUCAUGCUGUAUCUGUGUCUGACUUCACUGACCUUCCCAAUGUUCAAGAACAGCUCUCCUCUGUAAUGAGCACAGUGCUAAUGAGGGUCACACCUUUAUCCCCAACAGUGACUGUGGUCAGACAGCCAGCAGGAAAGGAUGUGGUGUUUUUGCUGGAUGCAUCUGAUGCUACUAGAACUGGAUUCCCAGCUAUGAGAGACUUUGUCCAAAAACAAGUAGAGACACUCAGUGUGGAUGAUGGCAAAGACCGUGUGUCGGUUGUUCAGUACAGCAGAGAUCCAGCCGUCCAGUUCUAUCUGAACACUUACACCACAAAAAGAGAGGUCCUUGACAGUGUCAGAGGUUUGAGGCACAAAGGCGGACGACCCCUCAACACUGGAGCAGCUCUCCGGUACUUGAGAGAUAACGUCUUCACGGCGUCUGCCGGAAGCAGGCGGCCCGAAGGAGUUCCGCAGGUCCUAAUAUUGAUCACUGGUGGAAGAUCAUUUGACAGUAUUGAUGAACCGGCCUCUGCUCUCAAACAGCUGGGUGUCUUGACCAUUGCAAUUGGAACCCGAGGCUCUGACCCCAGAGAACUUGAGACAAUAACUGGCGAGCCCAGUCAUGCUGUAUCUGUGUCUGACUUCACUGACCUUCCCAAUGUUCAAGAACAGCUCUCCUCUGUAAUGAGCACAGUGCUAAUGAGGGUCACACCUUUGACCCCAACAGUGACUGUGGUCAGACAGCCAGCAGGAAAGGAUGUGGUGUUUUUGCUGGAUGGAUCUGAUGCUACUAGAACUGGAUUCCCAGCUAUGAGAGACUUUGUCCAAAAACAAGUAGAGACACUCAGUGUGGAUGAUGGCAAAGACCGUGUGUCGGUUGUUCAGUACAGCAGAGAUCCAGCCAUCCAGUUCUAUAUGAACACUUACACCACAAAAAGAGAGGUCCUUGACAGUGUCAGAGGUUUGAGGCACAAAGGCGGACGACCCCUCAACACUGGAGCAGCUCUCCGGUACUUGAGAGAUAACGUCUUCACGGUGUCUGCCGGAAGCAGGCGGCCCGAAGGAGUUCCGCAGGUCCUAAUAUUGAUCACUGGUGGAAGAUCAUUUGACAGUAUUGAUGAACCAGCCUCUGCUCUCAAACAGCUGGGUGUCUUGACCAUUGCAAUUGGAACCCGAGGCUCUGACCCCAGAGAACUUCAGACCAUAACUGGCGAGCCCAGUUAUGCUCUAUCUGUGUCUGAACUCACUGACCUACCUAAAGUGCAACAGCAACUUGAGUCCUCUGUGGAAGCUGCAGUUAUUGAAGUCACCCCAGAAUUACCAACCGUAAUUGCUGCAUCGCAGGGCCCCAAGAAGGAUGUCGUGUUCCUCGUUGAUGGAUCUGAUGGCGUUGGAAGGGAAUUUCCAAUCAUCCAGGAGUUUAUCCGCAGGGUUGUUGAGAGUCUCAAUGUGGGCGAAAAUAAAAUCCGUGUUGGUGUGGUCCAGUAUGGUGACACUGCUCAGGCUGAUAUGUAUUUAAACACACAUACAACCAAAGAAGGUGUUUUGAAUGGCAUCAAGGGAAUGAGAAAGCUAGGUGGAAGACAACGUAACCUGGGUCAGGCCUUACAGUUUCUCAAUCAGGAUAUUCUGACAGCAGCACAGGGUAGCAGAAAGCAGGAUGGUGUUCCACAGUUUGUGAUUGUUGUGUCCAGUGGCCCUUCUACAGAUGACGUCCGUCGUGCAGCUUCUUCUCUUAAACAAUCUAGAGUUCUUCCAUUCAGCAUUGGGACCAGGGAUGUGAACCCCACAGAGCUGAGGGUGGUGUCAUAUGUGUCCAAUUACGCCUACGUAAUAGAUGACCUCCCUGGCCUGUACACAGUUCAAGAAGAAUUAAUCAACAAACUCACUGAGCUGUCAGAUGAUGACAUCAACAGGUUGCGUCCAGAGUUCCCAGCUUAUGAAGCACCAGAACCAUCUGUACCCACAGGAGGAGAAAAAAGGGAUGUUGUAUUUCUUAUUGAUGGCACAACAGCAGUGCGUAGUGAAUUCCCUUCCAUCCGUGAUAUGAUAGGAAGAGUAGUGGAGAAGCUGGAUGUAGGACUUGAUAAGGUCCGAGUUUCAGUGGUGCAGUACAGCGAUGAUCCAAAGAUAGAAUUUCCACUGAAUGCACACUCAACAAAAAAUGAAGUGCUCCAGGCCUUGUCGAGACUUCGAAACAAAGGUGGGAAUAAUCUAAACACAGGACGCGCUCUUGAGUUUGUUGCCAGAAGAAUCUACCAGAGGUCAGGAGGAAGCCGUCUUGAGGAAGGUGUGCCUCAAUUCCUCAUUCUAGUUACGGCUGGCAAAUCUACUGAUGAUGUAUCCAGCUCAGCCAAUGAACUCAAGAGAAGCCGGAUAGCACCUCUGGCCAUUGGUUCAAGAAAUGCAGACCAAGAUGAACUGAGACAGAUUUCCAUGAAGCCAGAACUUGUGUAUACAGUUGACAGCUUGAGAGACUUUUCAAGGGUGGAAAAACAGCUUAUUGAUUCAGUCAAAAAAAUAUCCGCCGAUGAUAUCAGUGAAACUUAUACUCGUGCCCCAGAAGUCAUUCUAGAUCUUGGGAAAAAGGACAUUAUUUUCCUAAUUGAUGGCUCAGAUAAUACAGAUUCCGAAGGGAUUGCUCACAUCCGUGACUUCAUUCUCAAAAUCGUUGAACAACUUGAUGUGCAGCCUAAUAAAAUUCGUGUAGCUCUUGUCCAGUAUGCAGACAAAAUUAAAACAGAAUUUUCCCUCAGUUCACACAACAACAAGGCAGCUGUUGUCUCUGCUAUCAGAAGACUCCGUCAGAUGGGUGGACGAUCGUCAGACCUGGCUGAUGCUAUUGAUCACGUUCUGCGUGUUGAGUUGACCUCCUUUUCUGGUGCUCGACCAACUGAGGCCUCCCAGCAUCUUGUGGUUCUCACAGGUGGACGUUCACCCCAAGAUGUUUCCCUCUAUGGAACUUUGCUCAGGAACUCCGGAGUUAACUGCAUUGGAAUUGGUGCUGAUCGUGCUGACAAAAGCCAGCUGAUGAGUAUUUCCAAGAGCCAAGAUGAUGUCAUUCAGGUUUCCAGGUUCUCAAACCUGCCAACAAUAAAAGAGAAGUUUAUUAACAGGUUGAGAGAGGUCGUCAAUACAUCACAAGUUGACACUCCAACACCAGGACUGCCUCCAUCUAAAAAGGCUGAUAUAGUGUUUUUGGUGGAUGGCUCCAUUAAUGUGGGCAGAGAGAAUUUCAAAGAAAUCAUGAUUUUUAUCAACAACCUACUUGAUCUGUUCUUCACCGAGAGAGAUAACCUACAGAUUGGCUUGGCACAUUAUGCUGAAGAUGUGAAUGAUGGCUUUUACCUCAACACAUACAGUAACAGGGAUGACAUCCUAAAUGCUAUUGGUCAAAUAGAAUACAAAGGUGGACGCAGACUGAACACUGGUGCAGCCCUUCGCACUAUUCAAGAUGUUUACUUUUCUAAAGAAAGAGGCAGCAGGGCUGAUGAGGGCACUCCUCAAAUUCUUAUAACUGUCACUGGAGGAAACUCAGCUGAUGACAGUAAAUCAGCAGUGCUUGGCUUGAAGAAUAAAGGUGUGAGAGUCUUUGCAGUGGGAGUGGGCAACAUUCAGAAUGAGUUGGAAAACCUGGCAAGUGAACCUUCCAUGGUGGCUCGAGCAAGUGCCGUUGUGGAACUCUCAGAGCUCAAUGAACAAAUCCUGGAAACUCUGGAUGAUGAAGUAAAAGGGAAGCUAUGUGUCGGUGCGAAAGAACCUCCUAAAACUUCCAGUAUAGAAGUGUUGGUCGGUUUUGAUGUGUCCGCCCAGAAUAUUUUCAGUGCUCAGACCAACCUCCAGAGCAAGAUGGAGGCUAUUUUGCAGAGGAUUUCCAAAAUGGCAUCCAUCAGCUGCUCAGCUGGGCAGAUUCCAUCUGUACAAGUGGGCAUGCUGGCCAUGGAUUCUGCUUCUGAGCCAGUCCAGCUGGACUUCACGGAAAAUCCAGAUGAGUUAUUUGAGGCUUUCAGAGCCUUGCGGAGUCGUGGCCCCUUUGUUCUCAAUGGCAAGACCAUAUCAGCUUACACCAACAGAUUCAAAAUCAGACAGGACGACACUGUCAAGGUUGUUAUUCAUCUGACUGAUGGUAUUGAUGCUCCAUAUGCUGAAAUGAAAAGGCGAGUUGAGGAGCUUCGGCUGUCAGGAGUGAACAGUUUCAUUCUGGUUGGGUUGGAGGGGGUAUCUAAUUUUGAGGAGGCGUCGCUAUUAGAAUUUGGUCGUGGCUUCAGGUACACAAGACCCUUAAGACUGAAUAUCAUGGACCUGGACUAUGAGCUUCAAGAAGAACUGGACAAUGUUGCAGAAAGAGAGAUCUGUGGAGUGCCAUGCAAAUGUACUGGGAACAGAGGAGACAGAGGAGGAGUUGGACAGGCAGGAUCUAAGGGUGGUCCAGGAUUACCAGGAAGUCAAGGGCAUCCUGGAGAUGAAGGUGGACCUGGAGAACGGGGUCCUCCUGGUGUGAAUGGAACUCAGGGUUUCCAAGGAUGCCCUGGCCAGAGAGGUGUCAAGGGGUCUCGUGGAUACUCAGGAGAAAAGGGUGAAGCUGGAGAACUUGGUCUAGAUGGCAUCAAUGGAGAAGAGGGCAAAAGUGGUGUGGCUGGGCCCCCUGGAGAAAGAGGGAACCCUGGCAGAAGAGGUCCCAAAGGUGCCAAAGGACAAGCAGGAGACAUAGGACAACAGGGAAUCAGAGGAGACCCCGGAACAACUGGCCAAGAUAAUAACCAGGCAGGACCCAAAGGAGACCCUGGUGAUGCUGGAGCAGCGGGAGAGCCUGGUCAGGAUGGAAGGAGGGGAGGCCCUGGUGAACCUGGAAGAAGGGGACCUAAUGGCAGAAGAGGUUCACUUGGACCAGCUGGAAAUGUUGGAGGCCCCGGAGCUCCUGGUGUGCAGGGAGAGUCUGGUAUUGAUGGACCAAGGGGUCCGCCUGGACCAAAUGGUGCACCAGGAGCAAGAGGAGAAGAUGGAAAUCCUGGACCUAGAGGUCCUGGAGGUACUCCAGGUCCUAGUGGAGAAAAAGGUAGAAGAGGACCUCUUGGUCGCAAGGGAGAGCCAGGAGAACCAGGACCUAAAGGUGAUGUUGGACCAUCUGGCCCCAUUGGAGAGCCUGGUGAAGACGGUAGAGAUGGUUUUGGUGUUCAAGGGCCUAAAGGAAGAAAGGGAGAUGAAGGAUUCCCAGGAUUCCCAGGUCCCAAGGGAGCAGCUGGAGAGCCUGGCACCCCGGGUGGACCUGGAUCCAGAGGAAAUCGUGGACAGAGGGGAGUCUCUGGGAAUAUUGGUACACCGGGACAAAAGGGAGAAGCUGGAUAUCCUGGGCCAUAUGGCAUCAAAGGACCACGAGGACGAGGGGCUGUGCAAUGUGAACUUGUCACAAAGAUCAGAGACAACUGUCCUUGCUGCUUUGGUAAGCAGGAAUGCCCGCUCUACCCCACUGAGCUGGCUUUUGCCCUCGACAUCUCACAAGGUCUUGGCCGUCCAGUCUUCAACAACAUGCGUGACACAGUCCUAAACAUAGUCAGAAAAAUUACAAUCGCUGAAAGUAACUGUCCAAGAGGAGCUCGUGUUGCGUUGACCCUGUAUAACAACGAAGUCACCACUGAGGUCCGGUUUGCUGAUGCCAUGAAGAAACGUGCCCUGGUGGAACGUAUCGAAGGACUUCAGAUCCCACAGACAAGAAAGCCUCGCAGCUUGGAAACAGCCAUGAACUUUGUGGCCCAGAACACAUUCAAAAGGACACGCAGUGGCUUCCUCAUGAGGAAGGUGGCCAUCUUCUUUGUAGGUGAUCAAGUUGGUCGGUCACAAGCAAUUACAAGUGCAGCCCUCCGCCUUCACAAUGCUGGAAUUGCCACUUUGCUGCUGGUCAGACAGGAGGACAGAGCACUCUCCAGAGCGGUCCAGGCCAACAACACAGCACUGGCCCAGGUCAUUGUCCUUCCCAACGCUAAUAGUCCACAGUACAAUUCAGUCAUCCAAAAGGUUAUGAACUGCCAUGUCUGCCUUGAUUUCUGCUCUCCAGACCAAAUCUGUGACUACAUUCCCCCAACGGCUGGCCGAGAUAGGAGAUCCUUUACCUCAGAUGUUGAUAUUGACAUUGCUUUUGUCAUGGACAGCUCUAAGUCUACCUACCCAUCUUUCUUUGCUGAGAUUAAACACUACAUAGCUUACAUGGUAGAGCAUCUUCAUGUGUCUUCGAAUCCCACAUCAUCUGUUAACCAUGCCAGAGUGUCUGUGAUUCAGCAAGCACCUUAUGAGUUCCUGAAUAACAAAUCUGGGUCCCCCAUUCAUAUUGACAUCGGCUUGACUGAACACACCUCAGCACGAGAUAUCAUCAAAUUCCUGGUAGAAAAGACACCCCAGCUGGAAGGUGGCUGGGCACUCCCAGAGGCAAUUGAAAGGACGGUGGAUCAAGUGUUUGAGAAGGCACCUGUACAACGUGACAAGAAGGUACUCAUACUGUUUGUGACAGGAAGUGUGGAACAAGACCAGGUGCAGCUGAUACGCAUUGCCACUGAGGUCAAGUGCAGAGGCUACUUCCUCGUCAUCUUUGGUGUAGGUGAAACACUGAGUGCUAAGGAUACAAGUGUCUUGUCAAACAUGGCCAGUGAACCUUCAGAUGUCUUCUUCAAGCAGCUGAAGAGUAGCUCAGACUUUUAUGACAGACAUAUCCAGACCUUUGGCCAGCUACUGCCCAAGUAUAUCAGCAUUGAAAAUGCUUUCUACAUGUCCCCUGAAGUCUCCAAAAACUGCAAGUGGUUUCAGAAUGACCAGCCACUAAAAAACCCCUUCACACCAUCACAGGAAGUGGAGAAACAUCAAAAACAUCAUGAAAAUCACCAAGCAGUUCAUGAAAGAAAGCACAAGGAUGCAGAGGAGCUGCACGUCUCUAAUGUCACCUCUAGCAGCUUGAAAUUGCAUUGGAGCAGGCCAGAUGCCAAGCUCUUUGUUUACUUUGAGGUUGUUGUGAUGAGGCUCCAUGACCAUGCACUGGUGCUAAAGACCAAUGUGUCGGGUACAGAGCUUGCUGUGGACUACUUGGAAAGUGCUCAAACGUAUCAUGCUGUAGUCACAGCCUACACGGCAGAGGGCCGAAUUGUCUCUACUCUCAAAGGCGUCAUUACUACAAAAGCAGCUGAGCAUAAGCCUGCCAGCCACAACACAAGUACUCCAAAUACUGCACCCCUGGACAAACCAGAAACUGUUAAUGAAUUGGCAGGCCCAUGCUCGCUUGACUAUGACCCUGGAAUGCCCUGCAAAGACUAUGAGGCUAAGUGGUUCUUUGACAGAAAGAACGGGUUCUGUGCACAGUUCUGGUAUGGAGGUUGUGGAGGGAAUGAAAAUAGGUUCGACAGUGAGGCUCUCUGCUUGAAAAACUGCAUGGGGUCAGUGGCAGAGCCUCAGCCAAAGGUGAAGCAAGCUGAACAGGUGGAGGUCCUCCCAGAUCCUGCUGCUUCUACAGCCGUGGACAUUUGCCAGCUUCCCCAAGAGGAAGGUACUUGUGCCAAAUUUGUUCUCAAGUGGCAUUACGAUGCUGCCAGCAAGAGCUGCAUGCGCUUCUGGUACGGUGGCUGCGGUGGAAACCAGAAUCGCUUCGACACUUAUGAGCAGUGUGUGAAGGCUUGUGGAAAAACAGCACCAGUGAACCAAAGAGUCGUUGCUACAAUAAAAACAUAGGACGAAAGUGACAGACAUGGCCAGCUCUUACCUCCAUUUAAGGGAUUCUGAGGAGAACCAUCCAAAAUGGCCAUAAAGCAAUGGUGGCUGCACUGGAUUCCACAAACAUGGACUUUAUCCCCCAAACUCUUGAAGUAGUCUUUUUCACAACAAGAAGGAAGCAACAAAAUUUGCUGCAUGAUUUGUUUUAACCUACUGGUGCUACAUGAUAUUUUUGUUUUACAGAAGGAGUUAUUAAGUGCAUUCGGUUUUGUAAAAUUAAGUUCUUUCGAACGAUCACAGUUUUCAUAUUUUUUAAAAUGCAGUUUUAUGAUUAAACAAGAAACAUGUAUGAAUAUCUUGGACAAAGAUUAGCAAUGACUCAGUACAUGAAGGAUUUUAAAGCAGUAAUCUUUUUUAUAUUGUGGUUAAGUCUUCUUUUUACAUUCCAGAUUCACAUAGCAACAUUGAUUUUUUUUUAAACUCACUUCAUCCCUGUGGAUUAUUUCACUAUUUCACUGUCACCAAAUCCACAGCAAUGUUUACACGAGUCUAGUGUGGCAGCGUGUGUGUAUGUAAAGACAGCGACCAACUGCUGGGAUGCCAACAUUAAUGUAAUGUUUAGUGCACUUCUGGAUCCGUUGCCUCAAACACAAGAUUUCCAGCUAUUGAGAAACAGAAUGUACUUUUCAAGCUGUUUUUAUUUUUUGUUUCAUUUUGGAUUUACAGAAAGUUUUGUUCCAUGUGGGAAACGGCGAAAUAAAAAUGAAUUAGACUUUCUAAUAAACAUGAGCAACUGA